AUGUGGCUGUUGCUUUCAUUGGCUUGCAGCCUUUUUGGCUCAGCCUUAAGCGACAUAUCUGUCUCUGUUUCUGGCACAACACCGUUCUCUUUAACGGUCACGUCUAAUCAGGGUGUUACCGUGAUCAACAAAGCGAUUCUUGGUGGCGGUACAAACAAUACAGCAAGUCCAGUGUCUGCGUCCAACGACGGUGUGGUGUCCAAUAGUGGGGGACUCAUUGACUGGUCUCUUAUCCAGCCUAAUGUCGUUAAGAUUCAGUACAACUCGACUUUUGCGUUCAGCGGAGCACAGUUCGCGGCCGAACCUAACGAGAGUUUCUACGGCGUUUGGGAGUAUCCGUGGAACGAUUCACUGACCAACAAUGGCGUGGAGUUCGACCUUAAAGGCGUUGGAAAUUCUGUUGGAGUAAACUGGGACAAUGCACGAGCACCAGCAUUCUACAGCAGCGCCGGUUAUGGAGUCUAUGCGGACACUCUGGAUAUGGGUUCUUUCCAAUUCAGUUCCAGCCAAACGCAAUUUAUCUUCAACACCAGCGGUUUGACAUACUACAUCAUCCUGGCAACUACCCCUGGCGAUUAUAAGUCGAUCAUUGAGACAUACACGGGCUUAUCGGCGCGUAUUACAAUGCCUCCUGACUCUGGAUAUGGCCCGACUUUCUGGUCCGACAAUUUUGAGGCAGAUUUUCACGGCUCCGUGUCGAAUGCCCAGCAGAAUUACUACGAUGUCGUAGACCAUCUUUACUACAACCGGAUCCAUGCUACGUCCAUGUUUGCGGAUAGACCAUAUGGGACAGGUAAUUACUCAUGGGGAGACUUCGACUUUGACCCAACCUACUAUCCCACGCCCAAACAAUUCAUCGCCAAUCUGUCAACCUGGGGGUUUGACUUCCAGGUGUGGGCAGCUAAUCGUGCGUUCCUGGACACCGAGCUUUACAACGCGUCGGUAGCCGGUGGUUGGCUGUUCCCAGGCAUCAACCCAGAGUAUUUCCUCGGACCAGCUCUCAACCUGUCUAUUCCGGCAGCAUACGAAUAUUUCCUGAACCAGAUGGCGUACUUCCCGUCGGUCGGCGUCAAAGGCUUCAAGAUUGACCGUGGUGAAGAAGGGGAGAUGCCAGUGUGGGAGCAAAACACCCAGAUGCGACUCUUCGAACAGAUCUGCGAAACAGUAAUGGUCAAUAAAUGGGGCAAAUCCGGCUUCUACAAUUUCGCUCGCUCAGUGGUUGACCGCUCUCGUUCUCUGGCUAAUGUUUGGAACGGCGACUCUCAUGCCAACUUCACUGGUCUCCGCUACAGCAUCGCUUCAGGCAUCCGAGCCUCGUUGCUGGGAUUCUCUACGUGGUCUUCCGACACUGGCGGCUACAUACGUUCUCCCAACCUCGUCGCCGAUCAGCCUACUCCUGAGCUGUGGGCACGCUGGAUGCACUUUUCAUCUUAUUCGCCGGUAUACGAAAUCAUGGUCGGCACCAACCAUACUCCUUGGUAUCCUCCGUAUCCGGCACGUCUUGUCUCGGUGCUCAGGGCUACUGCAAAUGAGCACCAUGCUCUCGUCCCCUACAUCAAGUCCUUUACUUACCAGGCCACACAAACAGGCAUUCCUGUCAUGCGUGCCCUGUUCUUGGAGGCACCGGAUGAUCCUACCGCCUACGAUACUAGUGAUGCUUAUUUCUUCGGAGACAGCUUCUUCGUGGCUCCGAUCGUCCAUGAAGGUGGAAUGCGGAAUGUCUACUUCCCCAAACAUGCAGCUGGCAACCACACAGCUCGCGCAUAUCUGGAGUACUACAACAAGACUUCCGUGUACCAGGGCGGCUUAUCAGCUGCAUUGAACCUGGAAUGGGAGUACAGCCCCGUUUACGUCCGCGAAGGCAGCAUUGUAGUCCGUGGCGACAUCAACCAAGGCAACAACAAGUGGACGCAGAACUGGCAACCCAGCCUGGCAAUUGAAGCAUUCCCCAGUUACAAUUAUGGAACUGCAAGGUUCCCUUAUUACAAUGGGAUGGAAGUUGUGAACAUAACACUGUCAUCGCAGGCUAAAUUAAACACUGUUCUCGUUCAGUGGGAUGGCAGCUUGGGGAUCCCGGGUCAACCGCAAGUCGUCUUCUACGGAAAGGGUGGAGCACAGAAUGCUACUGUGAAGGUCUUAGGGGCCGGAGGAUCAGCACAAGUCACAGGCUUCCAGAGCAUAUUCAGUUGA